CGCCCGGCGGUCGCGGUGCUGCAGCGGCGCCGCCGCUUCGCUUCCGCGGCGGGGCUGGGCCGGGCCGGGAUUGGCCGCGCGGCCGCCUCGCCCCAGAAUGCAGCGCAUGGCGCGUCAUUGAAGAGAGACCAUGAUGGCGGCGGCGGCCGCGGCGGCGGGGGGUGCCCCCGAGGUGAUCGCCCAGCUGGAGAACGCGGCCAAAGUGCUCAUGGCACCACCUUCCAUGGUCAAUAAUGAACAACGCCAACAUGCUGAGCACAUAUUCUUAUCAUUUAGAAAAUCAAAAUCACCAUUUGCUGUUUGCAAACACAUUUUGGAAACUAGUAAAGUAGACUAUGUCCUUUUUCAAGCUGCUACAGCGAUAAUGGAAGCAGUUGUAAGAGAAUGGAUUCUCUUGGAAAAAACUAGCAUCGAGUCACUGCGAACAUUCCUUCUAACCUAUGUCUUACAAAGGCCUAACCUUCAAAAGUACGUUCGGGAGCAGAUUUUAUUAGCAGUAGCGGUGAUAGUGAAACGGGGAUCAUUAGACAAAUCAAUUGACUGCAAAAGCAUUUUUCACGAAGUCAGCCAGUUGAUCAGCAGUGGUAACCCCACUGUGCAAACUUUGGCCUGUUCCAUUCUAACGGCGUUGUUGAGCGAGUUCUCAAGUUCAAGUAAAACCAGCAACAUUGGACUAAGCAUGGAGUUCCAUGGUAACUGUAAACGUAUAUUUCAGGAGGAUGAUCUGCGGCAGAUCUUCAUGCUCACGGUAGAGGUACUUCAGGAAUUCAGCAGACGUGAAAACCUCAGUGCUCAGAUGUCUUCAGUGUUUCAGCGUUAUCUUGCACUAGCCAAUCAGGUCUUAAGCUGGAACUUCCUUCCUCCAAAUUUGGGCAGACAUUAUAUAGCUAUGUUUGAAUCCUCACAAAAUGUGAUGCUAAAGCCAACAGAAUCCUGGCGCGAGACUCUCCUGGACAGCAGAGUUAUGGAGCUUUUCUUUACAGUACAUCGAAAAAUCAGAGAAGAUACAGAUAUGGCCCAAGAUUCAUUACAGUGCCUGGCACAGCUGGCGUCUUUGCACGGGCCAGUCUUUCCUGAUGAAGGUUCACAAGUUGAUUACCUGGCACACUUCAUUGAGGGAUUACUGAAUACUAUCAAUGGAAUUGAAAUAGAAGACUCUGAAGCAGUGGGAAUUUCCAGUAUUAUCAGCAACCUGAUAACUGUAUUUCCUCGCAAUAUUUUAACGGCCAUUCCAAAUGAACUUUUCUCUUCAUUUGUAAACUGCCUCGCACACCUCACCUGUUCCUUUGGAAGAAGUGCUGCCUUGGAAGAAGUGCUUGACAAAGAUGACAUGGUGUAUAUGGAGGCAUAUGAUAAGUUGCUGGAAUCUUGGCUUACUUUGGUACAAGAUGACAAACAUUUCCAUAAAGGUUUCUUUACCCAACAUGCUGUUCAAGUCUUUAAUUCCUACAUUCAGUGCCAUCUAGCUGCUCCUGAUGGCACAAGGAAUUUGACUGCCAAUGGUGUGGCCUCUCGGGAAGAAGAAGAAAUAAGUGAGCUGCAGGAGGAUGACAGAGACCAGUUCUGUGACCAGUUGGCCAGUGUAGGCAUGCUGGGCAGAAUUGCUGCAGAACACUGUAUACCUCUUCUUACAAGUUUGUUAGAAGACCGAGUGACAAGGCUCCAUGGUCAGUUGCAAAGACAUCAGCAGCAGUUACUUGCCUCACCAGCAUCAGGUUCAAUUGACAAUAAAGUGCUUGAUGACCUGUAUGAGGAUAUUCAUUGGCUUAUUUUAGUCACAGGCUACCUCUUGGCUAAUGAUACUCAGGGAGAGACUCCGCUAAUACCUCCAGAAGUAAUGGAAUAUUCCAUUAAACAUUCAGCUGAGGUUGACAUCAAUACAACACUUCAGAUUCUGGGAUCUCCAGGAGAAAAGGCCUCUUCCAUCCCAGGGUACAACAGAACUGAUUCUGUAAUUAGGUUGUUAUCUGCUAUUUUAAGAGUGUCAGAAGUAGAAUCUAGAGCAAUAAGGGCAAAUCUCACGCACCUCCUGAGCCCCCAGAUGGGCAAAGAUAUUGUGUGGUUCCUCAAGCGCUGGGCAAAGACUUACCUCCUAGUAGAUGAAAAGUUGUAUGAUCAGAUAAGUCUGCCAUUUAGUACAGCAUUUGGUGCUGAUACAGAGGGUUCCCAGUGGAUUGUGGGUUACCUUUUAGAAAAAGUGAUCAGUAACCUGGCAGUGUGGAGUUCAGAGCAGGACCUUGCAAAUGAUACUGUACAACUGCUAGUAACAUUAGUGGAAAGGAGAGAGCGGGCAAACUUAGUCAUUCAGUGUGAAAACUGGUGGAAUUUAGCUAAACAGUUUGCAAGGCGAAGCCCUCCUCUUCACUAUUUGUCCAGUUCUGUGCAGAGAACACUAAUGAAAGCUUUAGUUUUAGGAGGUUUUGCUCAUAUGGAUACAGAAACAAAGCAACAAUACUGGACAGAGGUUCUUCAGCCACUUCAGCAGCGAUUCUUGAAUGUGAUAAACCAAGAAAACUUUCAGCAGAUCUGUCAGGAGGAAGAAGUGAAACAGGAAAUCACUGCUACAUUAGAAGCACUCUGUGGCAUUGCUGAGGCUACCCAGAUUGAUAACGUAGCAAUUCUCUUCAAUUUCCUAAUGGACUUCCUUAAUAAUUGCAUUGGAUUAAUGGAAGUAUACAAAAACACACCAGAGACUGUUAAUCUCAUAAUAGAAGUCUUUGUUGAAGUUGCACAUAAACAAAUUUGCUAUCUUGGAGAGGCCAAAGCCAUGAACUUGUAUGAGGCCUGCCUAACUCUGCUCCAGGUGUAUUCUAAGAAUAAUUUAGGUCGACAACGGAUAGAUGUUACAGCAGAAGAAGACCAGUACCAGGAUCUCCUUCUUAUUAUGGAGCUUCUCACUAAUCUUCUAUCAAAAGAAUUCAUAGAUUUCAGUGAUACAGACGAAGUAUUUAGAGGACAUGAGCCUGGGCAAGCUACAAAUAGAUCUGUAUCAGCAGCAGAUGUUGUCUUAUAUGGGGUUAAUCUAGUUCUGCCUCUAAUGUCCCAAGAUCUGCUGAAGUUUCCAUCCCUGUGUAAUCAAUAUUACAAAUUAAUCACUUUCAUCUGUGAAAUAUUCCCUGAGAAAAUUCCACAACUUCCAGAAGACCUCUUUAAGAGCCUAAUGUACUCGCUGGAGUUAGGGAUGUCAUCAAUGAGCUCAGAGGUUUGCCAGCUCUGUCUGGAGGCUGUAACACCAUUAGCAGAACAGUGUGCAAAAGCACAAGAAACAGAUUCAACUCUUUUUCUAGCAACAAGGCACUUUCUUAAGAUGGUUUUUGAUAUGCUGGUACUUCAGAAGCACAAUACAGAAAUGACAACUGCAGCAGGUGAAGCAUUCUACACAUUAGUGUGUUUGCAUCAGGCUGAAUAUUCAGAGCUAGUUGAAACAUUGCUAUCAACUCAGCAAGAUCCAGUAAUUUACCAGCGGUUAGCAGAUGCCUUCAACAAACUUACUGCAAGCAGCACUCCUCCUACACUGGACCGUAAGCAGAAGAUGGCCUUCUUAAAGAGUUUAGAAGAAUUUAUGGCAAAUGUUGGUGGACUUCUCUGUGUAAAAUAAACAACAAAACUCUAUGCCUAACUUAGACCCUUUCUGCGAAAUGCACUGAGAAAUGCUGAAUGCUGACUAAAUCUUGUACCUGUCUCUGGGUUCUUUGCAGCCAUCUCAGAUUCUAGAGAGCCUGGAAGUUUGAACAUAACACAGUGGAAUAGGAGAGGUCAACUUUGAAUCAGCUUCUGCUAUUAUGUGUUAGCUGCAAUCUGUCAUACUUAUGUGUGGGAGAGAAUGAACAGAAAAUUUGAAUUUAAUUUUUUUCCAUAUAUGUGCAAACAGAUAUGGGCACAAGGAAAAAUAAAUGCAGUGCCUUUCCCCCUGCACUGGUUUAAAAUAUGAGUGGUCAUAUAAACAUACAGAUUUCUUUUCUACCCAAAAUCAUGUUAGAGUGUGAUGUAGAUACAUGUAAAGCUCUAAACAGUUUAGCUGAUUUUAAGCUUUAUUUUUCUUCUCUUUGAGUUUGUGUUCCAAUGGGGAAGAAAAACCAAAUGGCAUUUUAACUUGUGUUCAGUUCUGUUUUUCUACAUCAACCCAACAUUGCAUGUUUAAUGCAAUGCAUGUUUUUACAUUAUGUUCUGCUGCCUAAAGUUCAAAGAAAAAAAGGUGUAUAUUUUUGUUCCCCUAAAAUGAACUUUAGGAACUGUAGCCAUUUCAUUGCCUUAAUUUAAAAGAUGAAAAAAACUCAUAUACUUUAGGUAAGAAAUAUAAGGCAAGAUUUAAGGCAAGAUUUGACUCUUCAGAGUUGGUUUGGGAUGUUGGCACUGAGCUGCUGUGUACGUGUUGCAGCCUUUCAUGAUGAUGUGUCAUUUUGGAAUGAGUGUCUAAUGCAAGGUUCGUGUGUAAUUUUACUUUCAGUAUCUGUUUUGAUUCUUAAGGGGUUGCACGACACUGCAAUGUAUUUCUACACUGAACUGUUUGCUUAAGCAAUAACAACCCAAAAGGUGUGAAUUACCGGCAAACUUCGUAAAGUUGGGGCAUUAGCUAAAACAAUUAUGCUAGCACAGGGGCAUCAGACCCUUUUACUCAAGGUUUGUGUUUGUUUGACUCCAGCAGGGAAAGGUAAUUGGGGAUGUCUACUGGUGUGGGAGAUUUUUAGUUUUGCUGAAUCUAGCUCCACUUCUACAGAGCCCUCCCAGCUGCUCUGCUCUUGCUUGGUUUUUUGUAUCAGCACUUUAGCUAUUAGAAUAGCAGAAUAUAGUGCCCUGAUUAUAGGGAACCAACAAGGCAGAGCUGCACAUGAGUAUGAAAGCAAGGCCUGCUUUUCUCCUGUCAUGAGCCAGAGAAAACUGAAGCAAACACAAAUGCUGCAUGUCUAGUAAAAUUAUUUUUGUGGAAAUACAUGGAGGAAGAAGUGGGCCCUUCUGUUUAAGAUCUCUGCUAGAUUAUGCUGUUGAAUAUUUCCUAUGUGUUUUUUAAAUUUAUAUAAAAUGUACGGUAUACAUCUUUA